GCUUGAAGAUGUAGUGUUUUAUUUUUUAGCAACUCUUCUACAACCUCCCAUUCUAUAUGUUUUUCUACGUUUUGUUAGAAUUAGCUCUAGUGCACAUUCAUUCAUCCGGUCAUCCAUCCUGGUUAGGGUAACGGUGGAUAUGGAGUCCAUCCCAGGAACAGCCCGUUCGCAGUCCAACACAUAGCAUCAUGCACAGACAUGCAAUCACACCUAGGUGCAAUUUAGCACAGCCAAUCCACCAACCAGCAUGUAUUUGGAAGGUUGGGGGAAACUGGAGAACCCAGAGGAAACUCAUGCAGACAUGUUGGAGAACAAGUGAUACUCCACACAGACAGUAAUGCAAGCUCAGUGUCCACUGCUUCCAUACUGCAGAAUCUCAGCAGAAGCAGUAGGUCUUCUGGGUAUUUCUCACCUACUGUCUUAUGAAUACUGAGAAUUCGGACAUAAUACUCCUUUAUCGUACUGCUUUUCGUCUAACGUAUAGAAGGGUACUAGGGAUAUUCGGAUGCAGCCCUUGUCUUUUGCAUGACAUACUGGCUUCUUCCAUGACAUGCUUGGUCAUAGGUUUGGAUGGCCGUCCCUUUCUAGUGAUCACUGUUGUUGCAAACUUGCAUUCGAGACACAACCAAGGAUGCCAGUAUUGGUUUGACUUGGCACAGGAUACAAACUGCCAGUGCAGUGUGAGAGUUUGGGCAGAUGUGAGGAAACAGCGGCGCCUAGCGACUAAUAGAGGCACUGCAUUAUCUUUCUCUCUCUUUCUCUCUCUCUCUCUCUCUCUCUCACACACACACACACACACACACACACAGCACAAGCUAAAAUCUGACUCUAUUACUUUCUGCAAAAUCCAUUUCCACCCUUAAUUUCACAUCCGGUUGAUUAAUUGGUGUUCAGAGCUCGUUAAUGAGCAGGAUCAGGUGUGUUAGAAGUGGGUUGCGUCCCAAACCGCAUACUUGUAGACUAAAUAGCAGACUAGAUCAAAACAAUGAAGCAGGACAGUUUACCUCCGUGAGGCUGCCUGAGGUGGCAUACUGUUUACAUUAGCAAUGCUAAUGUAAGAUAACGCCACAGUGUCUCAUGUUUUGUUUAAGAUUUGUUUAAGAACAAUUGAUUACAGUGUUACAGUAUAAAACCACAAAAUAAGGAAUUCUACAAUAAUGAGUCAAAUGAAUAAAACAAUAUUGUUAUAUUUUUAAAAAAAAUAAAUAAAUAAACAAACAAAUACUAACAUUACACCUAAUAAUACUUUUAUACACAAUUGCUAAUUGCAUAUUUGUGUGAAUAUAGCAUUCAUGGCAUAUAUUAGUGUGGAAAUGAUACUGUAGGAUAUGCUCAAGUCUUGUGUUUUUGAGAGAGAGUUUAUUUUGUGUCAGUUGUAAACGCGAGAGAGAGAGAGAGAGAGAGAGAGAGAGAGAGAGCCCAUCCUCCUCUCCAGAUGGUGUUUUAAACUCUGACUGAAGCUACACAGACACACAGAGCCAUUAGAGCCACUGGCUUCAACACCACCGACACCGAGGAGAAGGAAAGGAGACGCAGAAAGAAAGAAUAAGAGAAAAACAAGCCCCAGACCCAGCCGAGUGAAAGAGACGGGAUGAUGGGAGCUGAAGCGCCGCAGGAUGUUCAAGCUCAGCUGGUCCGGUUUAACUGAGUCGGGAUUACGCGGAUAAACCGGUUUUAAACCCGACACAUACACAAGCUACAGCUUUCUGAACUGGACGGAUUCUGAGGUGAUCCUCUUCAGCACAGGAACAAAACUCCUCAGAGAAGGAGCAUUGUGUUCCUCAGCUCGUAGGCUGUUUAUUUCACGCGUUAAACGCACUCGGACUUGCGGAUUUUGCGCAUUUUCUCCUUUUUCCUCUCAGCGCAGUGAUGAAAUUAUCAGUGUUUCUUCAUCUGUUGGAGCUAAAAGCACGGGACUCCACGUCGUUUCCAUCUGAUCCCCAAAUUUAGAUGAAAACUUUCUGAUUUUGUUUUGGGGUUUUUUGUUUUUCUGUUGUUGUUGUUUUUUUUUUUUAAUAAUAAAUAAAUACAAUUCGGUCGUCCUGCGCACUUUACGCGCAGCCGCUGGAGCAAAAAUCAUCCUCCUCAUCACCGUCGCGCGCUUUAAAUUAAAAAGAAGAAGAAAAGGAAGCAUUUCCUCACACGGUUUAAGGAUCAUUAAUACCAAAGACUGGCUUUCACACUCAGACUCGGCUUUGCUUUAGCUUUUCGGUUUUGUUUAGUUUUUUUCCUCCUCAAUAUGAAACUUUGAAUGACCUCAGUGUUUACUGGACAGAUUUUGGAAACAAAGUCAGGUUCGAGUCCAAAAGGAGAAAAUCUGACUCAAACAAACAAACAAACAAACAAACAAACAAAUUCAUACCUGAAUUUUUACCCGUGACGACAUUUUCGGAGGUUAUUAUUAUUAUUAUUUUUGAUUUUUAUUUCUUGUUUUUCUAAAGCCGUAACAAAAGCUCUGUGUUUGUCCUGGAAUACCUUUUACUUCCUUUUAUCCUUCACAAAGUAGCGCUGAAACGAAGGUCGGAACAAUGCCAGAUUCACCAGCCGAUGUGAAAACCCAGCCCAGGUCGACUCCGCCCACAAUGCCACCCCCACCACCUGCCGUGAGCCAGGCAGCCAAUCGCAAUGCGUCAUUCACGCCGACAACAAUGCUGAACGGGAGCAGCCACUCGCCAACCGCACUUAACGGAGCUCCGUCCACCCCCAACGGCUUCAGUAACGGGCCAGCCGGCUCGUCCACAGCGGCUCUGCCCACGCAGCAGCUGCCCCCGGCGUGUGGAGCUCGCCAGCUCUGCAAACUCAAACGCUUCCUUACCACUCUGCAACAGUUUGGCAAUGACAUCUCACCCGAGAUAGGGGAGAGGGUGCGCAGUCUGGUGCUCGGCCUCGUGAAUUCAACUCUCACCAUAGAAGAGUUUCACGGCAAACUGCAGGAGGCCACCAACUUCCCUCUUCGACCCUUCGUCAUUCCCUUUCUCAAGGCUAACCUACCCCUCCUGCAGAGGGAGCUGUUGCACUGUGCCCGUCUGGCCAAGCAGACCCCUGCUCAGUACCUGGCUCAGCACGAGCAGCUGCUGCUGGACGCCAACGCCAACUCGCCGCUCGACUCCUCCGAGAUCCUCCUGGAGCUCAACGAGCACGGCAAAAGGAGAACGCCCGACAGGACCAAAGAGGCAGGAGGUGAGAGGGAUGCCUUGCACACCGAGCACAUGGCCAAGCGGCCGUGUACAGUCAGCCCAAGUCAGCGCUUCAGUCCAAGCAGCGGCAUCGCAGCCCACGCUCCUCCCAACGGCCUGCCCACUCACCCUCCCAAUGGCCUGGCCCACCCGAGCGCCCCUGGCCCACAGCAGUACCGCCUGGAGGACAUGGCCAUGGCCCAUCACUACAGAGACGCCUACAGACACGGCGAGCACAGGGACUCUCGCGAACGCCACCGACAGACAGCUGUUCAUGGAGCGCGUCAGGAGGAGGUCAUCGAUCACCGGCUCACCGACCGUGAGUGGGCUGAGGAGUGGAAGCACCUGGAUAACUUGCUGAACUGCAUUAUGGACAUGGUGGAGAAGACGAGGCGCUCUCUGACCGUGCUUCGCCGCUGUCAGGAGGCCGACCGUGAAGAGAUGAACCACUGGAUCCGGCGCUACAGUGACGUGGAGGAUAUGAAGAAAGACAUUCAUCGAGACUUCCUUCAUCGGCCUCCGUCUGGAUACCUGCCCGAAGAGAUCUGGAGGAAGGCAGGUGCCCCCAGCAUCCCGCUCUCCCCAGCAAUAAAGCAACUGCACAACAAACAGGAGGAGGCCGUGAACGAGGUGAAGAGGCAGGCCAUGUCUGAGCUGCAGAAGGCCGUGUCUGACGCCGAGAGGAAAGCUCACGAGAUGAUCUCAGCCGAACGCUCCAAGAUGGAGAGAGCACUAGCGGAGGCCAAGAGACAGGCCUCGGAGGACGCGCUGUCCGUCAUCAACCAGCAAGAGGACUCCAGCGAGAGCUGCUGGAACUGCGGCCGCAAGGCGAGCGAGACGUGCAGCGGCUGUAACACAGCGCGGUACUGCGGCUCCUUCUGCCAGCACAAGGACUGGGAGAAACACCACCACGUGUGCGGCCAGACGCUACAGGGGCUACCCGGAGGCAGCAGCGUUCCUCUGGGAACUCCUUCCUCUUCGUCGUCCUCCUCCUCUUCUUCCUCCUCCUCGUCCUCUUCCAGCGCUCCGCCCACACACUCGGACAGCACCGCUCCGGGCCCUCUGUCCCUGGUUGGGCACGCUGGCGGCGGAGGAAGCCCCAAAGACAGCAGCGCCAGCUCCAGCAGUGUGUCGCGUUCCACCACCCCUGCCACACCUGCCCUGCUGGACUCCUCCUCCCGCUGACCUCCGACCCUCAGUCUGAGCGCACUCACUGCUACCGCUAACGCUGCUGCUGCACCUGCACCCAAAAGAAGAUGAGAAAUGUUCACCACUAAUCCUCGCACUUCUUCCCACCUCUACGAGUUCCUCACUUCUUCUCAACUACCUGAAGCUCCCAUUUAACCCUAGCUCUCUAUUUAUUAACAUUUGAAAGGGUUUGAUUUACUGAGGACGCAGUCAGCGAUUUUACCCAUGUCUUAUUAAAAAUAAGGCAGCAAGUAAUAAAUUCAAGCUUGGCUUUAUGAAUAAUUU